AUGGAUAACGAUUAUUUAUCGCCAAAUCAUGGCAUUAACAUACAAUCUGAAAGUGAGCCUUCAUUAACAACUUUAGCUAGCCCUAUAAUAUUUCUGUUACUGCUAUACAUUUUACAACAAGCUGACAAUAGCCAACGAUUAAAGUCAAAUCUACAUCCAAUAGCCUAUCCCCUUCUCGGUGUUCAACCUUGUCAGGGAAGAACACCAUCAAACCCAUGUAUCAAUUUGAUGUUUACACCAAAUGACCCGGCAUCACAGACUAUAAUGCAAAUUUUUGCAAAUAACAAUUUUAACCGAACUGGAUAUAAAUUAGACAUUGAUACUAUUCCAAUAACUAGCCUUGAUUUUAUACCAACGUCUACGCUUGGAAUUAUUCCUGUUCCAGAUGCCAAUUUCAUCUACAAUUACACUCUUAAUCAUCCAAAUGUUACAAUGUUUGGUAUUGAAUUCAGCAAUGUUCUAGGACCUCCUGCGAAUUACAGAUAUCAGAUUUGGUUUAACAGUACACUUAUGGCAAAUGGUUCAGAUGUGUUUGGUGAACAAUUACUUGCUUUACAACGUGGAAUUGACGAAGCUAUCGUUACUUUCGCUACUAACGAUAUUCAAAAUCCUGCAAAAUUUAACAUUAAACUUAAGGAUUGGCCUUUAGUUCCUCCUUCUCAACUUAAUGAUCAAAUUGUAUCAACUUUUGGAGCAGUAUUCUUCUUUUGUGCAGAAAUGAUUAUUUUUAUUUCUGUUUUAAAUACCAUUGUUACUGAAAAAGAGCAAAAGUUAGUGGAUAGUCUGGUUAUGAUGGGUUUGAAAAUUGAGGUUUAUUGGCUAAGCUAUUUCAUUUCUAACGCUUGGCUAGUAGUCAUUUGUUCGUUAAUGACUUGCUCGUUUGGCAUUGCUUUUCAAUUUUUUGUCUUUAAAAAUGCCAACUUUGCUGUUGUAUUCAUUACAUUUGUUCUAUUUGGUCUUGCUAUGGUUUCUUUCGCAUUCUUUAUCACUACGUUUUGUCGUCGUGCACGUGUUGCGGUACUUGUUGGUAUAUUCAUAUUUAUUAUUGGACUUAUAUUCCAAUCCUUCGUAUUCUCAAAUGCUUUUGUGGGUUACAUUUGGUGGAGUCAAUCUGUUGAUAAGGCUGGCUGGCUUGUUUUGAUGUUCUUGCCAUUUUUCAAUUUUGGCAAAUUUUAUUUGGACUUAUCUAUGUUGACCGCCGGAAAACUUGAUCAAGUAACUCAAACUGUUAUUCCUGGUCCUGGGUUUGCCUGGGAUAAUCUUUAUAAUACAAUUCCGGAUACUUAUCUUCCGGUUUAUGAUACUUCUAAUAUUAAACCUGCUGUACCUCCUCCGAUUCAAAGUUGGUACUUCUUGUUAAUGAACAUUGGUUUUUAUUUUCUUCUUACAUGGUAUUUAGAUAAAAUAAUUCCUGAUGAAUUUGGAAAUUACAAUAAUCCAAUUUUCUUUUUGACACCUGGUUAUUACGGAAUUAAACUCAGAAAAACAUUUGAUUUACAAGCAUGGUUAAAUCGUGCUCAGAAAGUUAGUACUAGUAAUCAUACUGGAGAAGAUGAAGAUGUUGCUCGUGAACGUAGUCUAGCAUUUGAUCCAAAUUACGAAUGCACAGUUAGAAUUUGCAAUCUCAACAAAAUUUAUCAAAAAUCAUUACUUGUUAAAAGUAAAUUAGACAAAGUUGCGGUUAAUGACUUGUGUUUGACUCUGAGAGAAGGUAAAUGUCUCGCUUUACUAGGACAGAAUGGUGCCGGUAAAAGUACAUCAAUGAACAUUCUAUCUGGACUAACUCCAGCAACAAAUGGCGAUGCAUUAUUGUAUGGGUAUAGCGUUCGAAAUGAUAUGAAUAAAAUUCGUAAGAUUAUGGGUGUAUGUCCUCAACACGAUAUUUUAUUUAAUGAUUUAACUGCGAAAGAACAUAUUGAACUUUAUGCAGGUAUUAAAAAUAUACCUUCUGCUGAAAUAACAAAAUUAGUCGAAGAACGACUUGCUGCUGUACGUCUCACUAAGGUUGCCGACAAACCUGCUGGUUCUUACAGUGGUGGUAUGAAACGUCGUCUUAGUAUGUUAAUUUCUACUAUUGGUGAUCCUAAAAUCAUUUUCAUGGAUGAACCUACGACUGGGAUGGACCCAGUUAAUAGACGUCAUGUGUGGAGUUUUAUUGAAAAUUUCAAGCAGGGUAGAAUUAUUAUUUUAACAACUCAUUCUAUGGAAGAGGCUGAUGUAUUGGGUGAUCGAAUUUGUGUCAUGGCUCAUGGUCGUUUACGUGCACUUGGAAAUUCUAUUCGUAUUAAAAAUAAAUUUGGUGCUGGAUAUCGCGUAUCUCUUGUUACUCACCCUAAUGAUUCACAACGUCUUAAGGAACUAGUUGAAGCUCAAGUUCCUGAUGCCAAGUUGGAAGAUGAUUCAGCAGGUUCUCUCAUUUACGAACUUCCUGUAUCUGCUUUACCGGCUUUACCAUCAUUCAUUAAAUGGUUGGAAGAAAACGAAGAGUUGAGCAAUAGCGAACCAGGAAAGAAACUUGUUAAAGCUUGGGGUGUAAGUCAAAAAAGUUUGGAAGAAGCCUUUUUAAGAUUAAUUCGUGAUGCUAAUCCCGGAGGUUAUAGCGGUUAUGAACCACAAACAAAUAACACUGGUUUAAGACAAC